AUGGCACCAGCAGCCCUGUUCAACCCUCCCUCGGCCGACCUUCCCGGCAAACCUUUUGUGCCGGAAUGGGUUCCUCCCCCUGUGACCCAGGAGAAGCACAACUUUGCCAAAUUGAAGUCGAUUGAUCUAUCUAUGCUGGAUUCUGAUGAUCCUGCUGUGGUUGAGGACCUGAUCAAGCAGGUCAAGAUUGCCAUUCGUGAUGAUGGAUUCCUGUUCCUUGAGAACUAUGGCGUUUCCCUCGAGCAGCUUCACCGUCAAUUUGCUCUUGCCCAGUACUCAUUCAACAACAUUAGCAAGGAAGAAAAGGAACGACUUCUUUUCGAUCCCGACACCUCCGGCAAAUGGUCUGGCUACAAGCACCCAUAUGGAUUCAAGCGCCAUCGCGGACCUGCUGAUGGCAUUGAACAAUUCAACUGGUACAAACCCGACUGGGAAGACAUAAGUCGUACCCCAACCUGUCUGCGCCCGUUUAUGGACGAGAUUGAGGCAUUCUCCAACUACCUCACGAAGUCUGUCAACCGACGACUCCUCACCCUAUUUUCGCGUGUUCUGGAAUUGCCUGACGACUAUCUGUGGGAUAACGUACAAUCACACGGUGGCCCGACUGGCGAAGGCUACUUCCGUCACGCCCUUUUCCGGCCCGUCCAGAAGCAAACUGAAGAAGCAUCUAAGGGGCUUCGCAUGCACGGACACACCGACUUUGGAUUGACUACGCUGCUCUUCUCUGUUCCUAUUUCAUGUCUCCAGAUAUGGGGUGCCGAUGAGCAGUGGUACUAUGUGCCAUACAAGCCAGGCGCUCUUGUGAUUAACAUUGGAGAUACUUUGGAGAUUGUCUCGGGCGGCCAUUUCAAGGCUACACGCCAUAGAGUCUUCAAGCCGCCUGUGGAUCAGUUGAAUGAGGAGCGCCUGUCACUAGUGCUGUUCAACAGCUCUGUUGGUGAUCUUCGUAUGGCUCCUGCGCAGGAAUCACCGCUCAUCCAGCGAGAGGGAUGUAUCGAGGAACAAGGUGUCUACAGAGAAUUCAAGAAUCUCACUUCUCAGGGGCAACUUGUCCCGACCAACAAGCAAUGGCGCGAAAUUCAAAUCGCUACCUGCACCGACCCAACUGAUACUGUGCAGAACAGAGUCGGUGCACAUCAGGUUAUUGUCGAUGGCAAGAUUAUGCAUCAGCGCGAAUAUAUGGGUGUCAAAGUUGUCUUGCCGGUUUGA